AUGCUUGUACCGUAUGUCCUGUUUCAGUGUGAGGGGGUCAGGCUGAUGCUGGAUGGUCUGGGGGCUCAGCGGGGGGCUGUGCAGCCUCAGCUGGAGGGCCUGGAGCAGGACGUGGGCCGCCUGAGGGAGUGGGCCGCUGGCCUGACGGAGAAACGAGCGCAGCUUCAGGGCAGCCUGAGCGGACUGAGGGACGCCAUGGAGCAAAUCCAAGAACGCACCUCGGCUAUCACAAAGGACUUUUCCAACAAGGUGUCGGCGGUGAGGACGGAUGUGCGGCGGAUGGACGGCCUUCACUCGGAGCUGGAGUCUCUGCUAACGCAGGUGGGGGAGCUGGAGGACAAGGCCGCUCAGGCGGAGCGCAGCAUGGUGGGACGCAUCAGCGAUGUGCUGGCCAGCAGCAUCGACCGGGUCUCCAAUCUCCGGUCUGCGUCUGAACGCAACGCCCAGGCCAUCGAGCAGCUCCGCCGGCGCAUCCCUGAGCUCACCCUCGCCGACCAGCAGCUGUCAGAGCGCCUCCGGGAGCUGGAGAGCGGCCGGGCGCGCCUCAUAAGGACGGUGACGUUCGCCAGGGACCUCAAACCAAAGGUGGCCUCCAUUAAGAGGGACUUUGGCGCGUUUGAGCCCCAGCUGUCAGACUUGACCCUUCGGAUUGGACGACUGGCGGAGGACCUCUCCAGAAGAGAACAGGAAAUCACUGAGCUCAGACAGACUUUGUCAAACCUCACUGCAGUAGAAGGAGAUUUAAGUGUUACGGCCAAACAGGUCAGUGAAAUCGCUGACAUAUCUGAAAUGGGGCAGCCGUGAACAGGAGGAGCUAUCGGACAGGAUUAUUCUAUUUGCUUUGGGCUCUUUGCUCCUGAUCACUUGUCGCACUGCUGUUAAAUGUUUCUGCAAUAAACCCU